AUGAGCUCCUCCACCGCCAGGCACCGGUCUCCCAAGCCCCGCUGUACUCCCACACUGUCCGCGUCCGUGAAGACAAACUCUACCCCGGGUUCGGAGCGCGGAGAGCGGACACUGGAGGGGACAGACGUGCCGUGCCGAGCUGUGGCAGAGACCACAAAGAGUCUGGUCCAUAAUGAGGUGAUCCCAGAGGAGCUGCUCGUGAGUCUGACCUCCACCGUCUGCAGCGACACCGGCCUCAUGCCCAGUGCCCACCAGCGCCACUGCAAGGGACAUUCUUACAGACGCCCGGAUCCCGUCUGGCAUCACCCUCUCAGCCGCAAGAAGUACCAGUACUUUCUGGAGCAGCCCACGUCUCUGAGCGGAGCCGGCAGAGACAUCUCCUUUCUGUGCGACGCGGCUCAGAGGAAAACCAUCACUCUGCCUCCUCUGGCUGAGGACUCACAGAACAUGACGGUGUCUGAGAGCCUGAUCCCAGACGAGUACCACAUAGUGAAGAACAAAGGGCUGCGCAGCCUGGAGCUGUACGACGAUGCAUUUACGGUGCAGCUGCAGGACGAGGAGCAGAAGCUUCGAGUCUUUCCCUCCAUGAAGCCCAGCGGCAGACAGGAGGCGCUGCAGCUCAUGCUGGUCAUGGACGACAUGUUGGAAAAGGCCGGAGUGGAGCAGCAGAGCUCAGAGCUCAGUCAACUCUCCCAGAUCGAGGGUCUUCUGGAGCUGGUGCGAACCGAGCAGAACAUCUACAACCUGGUUUUCCAUGAACUGAUCCGACAAGUCAGUGUGGGCUGUGCAGAGAGAGGCCAUCUGCUCGCCAAGCUCAGGCAGCGGUACCAGUCUCUCCUGGAGCGGAUCCCUCGGUACCUGAAGUCUCUGCACACGGAGGCUCUGGCUCAGAGGGCGUUGGACCGACAACUCACCGUGCAAAUCCACCGCAUCAAAACCUCCAUCCAGCAGCUCAGCAGUGAGCUGGCGAAGAUAAAGGACCACGAUGCUUUCGUUUCCCAGCAGGCCGAGCGAGCCCAGCACGAGCUGGACCAAGCUCUCAGCCAAAGUCAGGACAACUCAGAAGUGGUCCAGCGGUACCACGAUCUGUACGAGCUCCAGAGAGACCGUCUGAACGCUGAGCUGCUGCACAUGUCAGAGGAGAGGGACUUCUGGAGGAACUUCACUCAACGCCUGGCUCUCAAGGUGGACUCUGUGGACCAGGCUCUGAUCCAGCCUCUGGUCCAGGUGGACUCUGUGGACCAGGCUCUAGUCCAGCCUCUGGUCAAGGUGGACUCUGUGGAUCAGGCUCUAGUCCAGCCUCUGGUCCAGCUGGACUCUGUGGACCAGGCUCUGGUCCAGCCUCUGGUCCAGUAUCUGGUCUAG